AUGCUAGCUCAAACCAAGUUAAAAGAAGAACUCAUUUGGUUAAAUCAAGAAUUGUCACAACUUCAUGAUCUAGAAGAUAGAGAUGGUCAGUUGAAACCCAUUGUUUUAAUGAUAAGUGAUAGUGGUUCUGAUGAGAAUUCACGCUAUAAGAAGACAAUCCAAGUGAUGAUUGAUGCGUCUAAUCCUGUUGAGAGGCAAAUGGAGCCUUUGAGUUACGAUUUAGCAAAGAUAAUACUUCCUUAUGAUAUUUUUGGGUCACAUUUAGAUAAGCAACUAAAAAUAGCUGAUGAAAAACUAGAAAAACGUAAUUUUAAAGCGGCAGGAGAAAUUUUAGCUUUUGUGUUAGAAAAUAUUACUAUCAAUGGUUAUCCAAUUUUAGUUGAAUAUGUAGAUCCUGAAAAAUCUUAUCAAUUAAGAUUGGAUGAAAAAUCUGCUACUUGGAUAGAAAGAUAUACUAUAACUUGUCGCUAUAUUAUUCAGAUUAUCAAAUAUAAUAAUACAAGUUGUUGUAGACCUUUCUGCAGUAGGAUCCUUCAACUUCUUCCUAAUUAG